AUGUCACUUGCCCUGACUGCUGCUCCACCCUCAUCUGAGAUCUUUGUCUUCACUGACGCUCCAGCUAAGGAUGCUCAUCUGAAAAGCACCAUCACUGCUAUUAUAGAGAGCACCAAGUCAGUGGUAACUUUUAUGUUAACCGAUGUCCUGACGAGUCGACGGCGCCGCAGAAACACUCAGCGGGUGUCUCCUCGUAAAAUGACCCAAUUAGAUGCCCAGCUGUACCGUGACCUUGCCCGUGCCUCUGGAGGUCAGGCCAUUGAGGUGACCAAGUCAGACCUCACUCUAGCUACAAGUGUAAUAGAGGAUUCAUUAGCCAAUGCUGUGGUGACAGUUUUUCAGGUAGUGAGGAAUCCUGGAAGGCCUGAUAACUUUACGUUUAUUGUUGAUGGGUCACUUAGGAACCUGACUGCCUACAUCACAGGAGCCUCAUCUCUCACUUUCGAUUUCACGAGCCCCACAGGUGUAUCUCAGAGUUCCAGUCAGUCCAGCGGUCCUUUGGCAACCAUAACCACAGCCGGAAACCUACGUCGUUUAAGCCUUAACACUGACAAUCAAACAGGAUCAUGGGAAAUCAGUGUUAACUCUAAAAAUCCUUACUCUGUUAAGGUCAUAAGUCAAAGCUCAGUGAACUUCAUUUAUAACCUUGUGGAAGCUCAUGAGAGAGCCCAUGGGGAUUUCAGCCUAAAGGAGGGGCGUCCUCUUUCAGGUGGUAAUGCUAGCCUCAUGAUAUCUGUGACAGGAAGUGACAAAGUAAAGGUCACAGAGGUCACUCUGUUUGACAGCUCCGGGCCAACAGAGGUCGACGGAUCAUUGCAGGCAGUCUGUAGGGAGUGGUAA